AUCAUGAUAAUUUUUGUGUAGAGUUUUGUUAGGCUUUUUCUUACGGUUUUCUUAGUACAUUUUACGAGUUUUAUAUAGUUAACAUUUACAGAAACAUUUUUGUGAAUGUUUAUUUUAUAAAUUAUUAUAUUUUUGUAACUAAGUGUUAUUGUAAAGCAAAAACGAUGAAGACCACGGCUUCUAUGAGGUCCCUUGCGUCCAGAUCGAGGAAGUCUAUUGUAACAGGUGUUUCUGUUAGGUACGGACGUGUCUACGAGAAGGUCCAAGAAUUUGAAACGUGGUUCCCGACCAUUUGCCGCAAGUACGGCUUACUGCAAACGGUAUCAGUGAAAAAAGAAUAUGCGCGUGAUGACUAUAUCAAACAUCUCCAAAUGAAAGGAAAACCUAAGGAAGGUCGAAGUCGUUCUCAGUCUAUAACCUCCAGAGUUACAAAUGCUACUGUAAUAGACGACAAAGAAACAGCCACUACAGGUUCCACAGAACGAACUAACAUCUUGGAGGACGACACUAUCCUUUUAACUGUAGUUUACGACAACUCUGAACGGUUUAUUGAAAUAGACCUUAUUAAAUUAGACGAUGUACCCCGAGAACUUAUAAAACUUAUAGGAUUUAUUGCCAAAUUUUACCAUACAUUAAAAAAAAUUAAAGUACAAUUUUGUACAAUCAACGAUUAUACAGUUUACGAAUUAUCAAAAUUAAUCUGCCUAUCGACCCUCUGUGAAGUUGAUCUUGAUGGUUCAGCACUCGCGACAGGCAAUUACGGGAUUUUGUUCGACAGCGGUCGUUUAAACAGUAUCUCCUUAAGUAAAUGCUGUAUAAACGAUGUGGUAGUUGAAGAAAUAGCACGAAAGUUAUGUUUCGGAGGUAUAGCUGAGAGCAAUCUUUAUACUUUAAAUCUAUCGACAAACCGCAUAACGGACGUCGGAGCAAAAUAUCUAAGCAUAGCUCUGCGAACCAAUAGAACUUUGCGGUAUUUGAAUCUAGCAGACAACCGCAUCACAGACGAAGGGGCAUGCAGCAUAUUGGACGUUUUUAAAGAAUUUCAAUUAACCAGUGAAGAAAUUGUGCAAAAGAGUCAACGUUACAUGACGUACGAAAGACAAAGGCUAGCAAUUUAUUACAAAUAUUUAGCAACUUAUACCAAUCGCAAUGACGAUGAAAACAGCAAAGAUAGAUCAAGCGAUAGAAGGAAAUCAAUGGCAGCGCGUAGAAGUAGCAAAUCACAAAAAAGUAGUCCCAAAUCAUUCACCUUGGAAGACUAUAAAAAUAAAGCAGAGUGCUUGGCGGGCGAAAUGAUGGGACCAUUCCGCGACCCGUACCAAUCUAAUCUUUUAAGUGUCAGGGAUAGCAAAUAUUAUUGCAUUGGAAACAUGGCGCUGUGUUUUUUAAAUUUGUCUUUCAAUAAUUUGGCUUACCCCAGUGUACAAAGGUUGCUCAACGUUUUGCAAUACCAGAGAGACUCGAAGCGUUUAGGUCAGACUGGUUUAAUUAGAGUCAUUAUAAGAGGCAAUAAUUUACCAAUAUCAUGUGUAGAAUAUGCAAAAAUUGAUGAUCUUUUGACUAAAUGCAUGAUGUCCUUGGGAGGUAAAGCGUUUUCAGAAAGAAGAAAGAGUAGAGCCUCCAGGAUUUCUGUCAUGCCAGAAAAAAUGUUAUUGCUUCCACGUUAACUAAAUACCAAGCAACAUCUAGGCACCACCACAACAUAUAUAUAACAUUGUCUUGCGAAUUACCCUCAGUUCAUUUUCGUGAUAAUAGUUUAAUAAAUAGUAGUACAAGAA